CCUCCACAGGGCUUUGACAGGGAGAACAGCGCAACAGGGUCAACUGUUUCUGUGAUUAUACAACAACUUAAAAAACUCUUUAAAAACGUUAGUAGGUAGUUUAAUGUGGAAACGUUCAGUAAAAUGGGAUUGUUCAAGAGAACUCGUUUUAGAAAAGGUAUAGGGCUGUCACCCUGUCACUCUAAAGUGAUGAGUCUGGGGGCAGGUGUCAGUCCCUCUGCAAUGGAUACUGUUACCAGCCAAUCGCCUGGUGGCUUAGCCGUUCUCAAAAUACCCAAGAACCAAUGAACUGGAACAGGGACGAAUGACAGGGCUCCAGCUGGACCGAUGUGAAGUGGAUAUUCAGUUGGGAUUCUUCUCUCGGCUUGUGGAGCUGCUGCAUGCCUGGGUCACUGUUCCUGUUCUUGUGACUACUUGACACAGCAGGCGUGCUGGGGCUGUUAGUUCCCUGUGGCUGUCAUCAAAAUGGUGAUCAAAGUGUUUGUAGCAACAUCCUCAGGGUCUACAGCGAUUAAGAAGAAACAGCAAGAGGUAGUGGGCUUUUUAGCAGCCAACAAGAUUGACUUUAAAGAACUGGACAUAGCCUGUGAUGAAGACAACAGGAAAUGGAUGAGAGAGAAUGUUCCAGGUGAAAAGAAGCCCCAAAAUGGAAUCCCUCUUCCUCCACAAAUCUUCAAUGAAGAACAAUAUUGUGGGGACUUUGAUUCCUUUUUCUGUGCAAAAGAAGAAAAUAUUAUUUAUUCAUUCCUAGGCCUUGCUCCUCCACCAGGAUCAAAGGUACUCAUUUUACUGACCUCGGAAGGAUGGAAAGCUGAGUCAACCUUGAGCCAACUACCUGAACCCAGCUUCUGCCAGGAUCGAUCUCAGAUUGUGAACAGAGCUUGGACUGCAGUACUGCACCUUACCACUCUGCACCAUGGGGCUCCUAUACAAUGAAUUAAUCACAGCUUAUUGUUUUGAGGUUUUAUUUUUCAGUGGGUGCAUCCCAAACCAUGAAUAUCAACACAAAUUUGACAUUUACUUCAAGGGGACAUGGAUUGCACCUUUCAUUCCAGAGGAGAUUAUUUCCGAGUAACAAACAGUGCAAUCCUAAAAAGAUUAACUCCAGUCCAAGCCCACUGAAAUCAGUGGAUUUAGACUGGAGUAAAUCUUUUUAGGAUUGCACCCUUAGAAUCUCAGUCUUAAAUAAUGAAAUACUACAUAAUAGCAACAAUAACACCUUUAAUAGAGGGGGGGGGGAAUGAGGUUCUGAUUUCUGACAACUUGCAACAGAAAUACAACAAUAAAAAUCCUGAGAAAACUAGGCAACUCUGACUCCACAUAAUUUCUUGAGUGCUGAGAAAUCUUAAAGAAAAAAGAAUACUUUUGUAGGUUGCAAGGAGGAAAGAUGAUUGGAAAAGGGUACAACGGGUCAGAAUGUGCUGUGGUUUCAAAGAUGCCUGAGAAGUUAUGAGUUAAUGUGCACUGCUAAGUGAGAAAUUUCUUCCUGAUAGGUUGCCCUGCUUUUACUACAAAGAUGUAAUUUGAAACAUAGUGAAAAUAUGGGACAACUGGCUGUGAUGAAAGGAAGUAGUGACACCUCUGUGGUCAAGAAGAUUCUUUAUGACUCUUGCACUAGUUCUGCAGGUUUUCCAUCUUAUAAUAAACAAGGAGAUGAACUGAUAAAAGGGGAAAAAAGUAAACCAUUUAAAGUAAUACUGUAGAACACAAGGAAUGGCCACUUAUAAUGCUGCAAUAGUAAAGGAUAUUUAUAUUAGAGAUGGGCACGAACAGCAAUUCGAACAAAAAAAAAGCCACGAACAUCCUAAUCUGCUGUUCACGAGCAAGCUGUUCAUGAGGCCCUGUUCCCGGUGAACAUGUGUUCAUUCCAAGCCCUCUUUGUGGCGUUCAUCAGCCGUUCGUAAUGCCAGACAGUCUGGCACCUUUCAAUUAAUUCCCCUGGCAACAUAGGCAUGGACGGUCUGAACUCUGUCUGAACACCUUCUGGCUUGUAACCCCUCAAAGUAGCUUCCAGCAGACAGUCCAGUUUUUUCCACUGUGAAAAGAAAAUGACUGGAAAGGGAGGGUCCCAUGGAUCAUGACUUUCCCAGGGAACAAUCUUUCUGAAACUUGGGGGGUCUUCAGAGGAUAGUGAGGACUAUGUCCCCUGCUAAUUUGGUGGGUAUUGGACAUUGGGAAGGUCAUUUUGUAACCCCUCAAACUAGCUUCCAGUAGACAGUCCAGUUUUUGCCACUGUGAAGAGAAAAUGACAUGAAAGGGGGAGACCCAUGGAUCAUGCCUUUCUCGGGAUGCAAUCUCUCUGAAACUUGGGGGUGGGUGGGUCUUCAGAGGACAGUGAGGACUAUUUCCCCUGCAAAUUUGGUGGGUAUUGGACAUUGGGAAGGUCAGUUUGUAACUCCUCAAUUAGCUUCCAGCAGACAGUCCAGUUUUUGCCACUGUGAAGAGAACAUGACAUGAAAGGGGGAGACCCAUGGACUCCCCUUUCCCAAGCUCAAGUUCAGCUAAGUCCCAAGGGGGCCGUUCUGGCUCCCACGAACCUCCAACUAUGAACAUGUUUGUGAACAUUUCAUGCCCGUCGAUGUUUGUGAAUCCCUGUUCGUGGAUGGCAACGAACAACGAACAUCGUGUUUGUUUUUUCCUGUUCAUGCUCAUCUCUAUUUAUAUGUAGGAUUUGUGCUCACUUCUUACUCAAUUAGAGCCACAGAUUUUAGAAUAUUCACAUUCCUUGAAAUACAAAGUAGCCCCAUUAAAAAAAUAAAUAAAGGGGGAGGGGCUGGUUUUUAAAAUGCACCAGUAUAUUUCUAGCACAUUUUUCUGGGUCUUUUGCGCUUCAUAAAAAUAAAAUGUUGAAGGUUACUUGCAUGUCAAUACAGGAACCUGCUACAGGUUUUGUUUAACUUAAAUAUCAUAAAAUAACUCUUUAGAAAUCAAUGUAGUAUGGUAACAGUGAGUUGUGAUCUUUUAGUAUGAAAUUGGAAAAUGAGGAAAGAAAUGAGUAACUUUAAAGUGAAUGUUAUAGAGAUAUUUGUAUUAUAUUAAUGUAAUUAUCAAUAUAACUUAGCUUUUAAUUAUUGCUUCUUUAUAGUUAUACUAAAAUUAUUUGCAUCCUAUCAUGGGUUAUGUGUAACUUUUCUAGAAACAAAAAAGUAUAUUUUAAAAAUGUGCACAUUCAGACAAGGGCCAGUUACAUUAUCCUCAUAUUGGACCAGGGCCAAUCAGAGAGGUGAGGAAGAAGAGCCAUUUGGCCUGGGCCGUCCAAUUGAAAUUGGGCUUCACAUUUAGACAACUGUUAAUUUUUUAGUAUUUAUUUCACAACUUGUUUUUAUGUUAAUCAGAUGGUAUCAUUUUUUAUUUUUACUGUGGCCAGUGGCCUGAAAAGCUGGAAGUGGCCAUGGCCUCUGUACACAUUGGACAGGGCAUAGUCUAAUUGCAUCUGUGCCUCUGAGGAUAGUGACAUUCAGCUUAAGUCUGCAGUUUUAUACAGAAAUACAUGCACUUUAGGUUGCCAACAAUCUGGAGGGGAAAAAUGUCUUUCCUGUUUAACAGAGGCUUAAUGUGUACAAAUGGAUGGAUGAAGCUUUUCAUGGCACAGAAGUAAACAACAUUUCACUAAGCCUUUUUUAAAGGGGUAGGACAUUUUUUGCAGGUUGUUGGCAACCCAACAUGCAUUGCAGCAAGGAAAAAAGUGUGAAUGGUAUUAUUCAUAAUAUUUUCUGGUUGGCCAUCCAGAGAUUCAGAAACCUGGUACAAGUACAUUUAAUACUGUCUGAUUUUCACAUAUGCAUACCAACAUUGGAAAAAGUUUUGUAAGGUGCAUAUCAGAUAUGCCACUUUGUAAGUCUUACUUGGAAGUAAGUCUUGAAUUAGUUGGAAUAGUAUUGUAAUAUAUAAAUUAAUACAUGCACACACAUCCCUUGUGUUAGCUAUUUUAAAUCCUGGAGUAAGUAAAAUGUUUUUGAGUUAAAAAAAUAAAUAUAAAAACAAUUGCUACUACAGAAACGUCUUGUAUUAAAAUUUAAUGAACUUCUAAAAUCAUUCCAUUAUAAUUCUCUCCCAUAUGAACUCAAUAAUACAGAAGUAAUGAUGCAAGUGUAUGAAAGCUUUCAGAAAGUUCUGGUGGUAUUUCUUCAAAGUAAGCCCCACAAGUCCUCUGCCUGACCAAAUCUACCUGACUAAAAGUCAGAAAUGGCGACAUGGAACCUACUAGCAAUUUUAGGAAACAUUCAUACAUUUGGUUGUUGUGGGUUUUCCGGGCUGUAUUGCCGUGGUCUUGGCAUUGUAGUUCCUGACGUUUCGCCAGCAGCUGUGGCUGGCAUCUUCAGAGGUGUAGCACCAAAAGACAGAGAUCUCUCAGUGUCACAGUGUGGAAAAGAUGUUGGCAGGUCAUUUGUAUCUACUCAGGAGGGGUGGGGUUGAGCUGAGUCAUCCUGUAAGAGUUUCCCAGGGUGUGGAAUGCUAAUGGCGGGAGGCUUCACUGUAUCCUGAGGAGGUUCUUUUGCAUAUGGAUUGGUACUUGAUACCUCCACAAUACAUUCAUACAUUUCUUUCAAAUGCAGUACAGUCUGAGGUUACAACCCAGUGAAUGUUCGAAUAUCUUUAAAUCCUCCAGUUUAUUGAAAGCCAGUUUGGCGGUAUGGUAUGAAUGGGACUCUAAUCUGGAGAACUGGGUUUGAUUCCUCACUCCUCCACUUGAAGCCAGCUGGAUGACCUUGGGUCAGUCACAGCUUCUAGCUCUCUCAGCCCCACCCACCUCAUAGGGUGUUUUGUUGUGGGGAUAAUAAUAACAUACUUUGUAAACCGCUCUGAGUGGGUGUUGUCAUCCUGAAGGGCGGUAUAUAAAUAGAAUGCUAUUAUUAUUAUUAUUAUAAAGACCUGUCCAUUGUGGCUUCUUCUAACUAGUUGCUUCCUAGUUCUGUGGUUUUACCUUCCUUUCCCACUUGCUGUGGCAAACUGGGCUCUUUAGGUUACUUUCAUAGUAGCUGAGGGAAUGGGAUCAGCAACAAGACAAGGAAGGGAAAGGGGAAGAUUGAUUUGUCUUUUGCUGCUUCCGGGGAUUUAAAAGUUUAUGAACAUUUUCCAGGUUGCAGCUUAGCAGCUGUGCAUCUCAGUUUGAAGCUGGUGUGCAGAACCUCAGAACUGCCUAUGAAGUUAAGAUGUUCUCUAUUUGAUCCAUUUUUUUCCAUAGAGGAAAAAAAGAAAUUUUUAUUCUUGAGAUUUUUGAAUGUUUGUUUUCC